AUGCAAUUCUCGCGGAUUCUCGAGGGCGUUGUGUUUGCGAUUAGCGGAGUGGCGAAUCCGGAGCGCGCCGAGCUGCGCGGGAAGGCGAUGGAGAUGGGCGCGCGGUACCGGCCGGAUUGGACGCCGGAGUGCACGCUGCUCGUCGCCGCGUUUCCCGGCACGCCGAAAGUCAGAUCCGUGACUGCUGACGACGGCACGAUCGUUUAUAAGCGGUGGGUGGAGCAGUGCUACAGUAACCGCCGCCUCAUGAGCAUCUCCCCCCACCUCUUGCAUCUCGGGCGGCCUUGGCGCCAAGGCGGGCCGGCAGACAGGGACGUGGAAGACGACAUGGGGGGAUUGGAUGGGGGGAACCUAUCUGGGGAGGAGCUGGUGGCGCAGUGGGUGGCGGGGGACAUGGUGCAUGUGAGGGCGUUUCUGGAGGAGCAGGAGGAGCAGCCUCCGGAGGGCGAGGUGGAUAGGGUGGCGCGAGAAGGCAUGCUGGCGUGCUUCGAUGAUGCCAUUGCUGGCGUGGAGCAAGGGCAGGCGCUCGCAGCAUCGAUUGCCUCGUGGCCUGUCGUGCCGCGUGUGCUGGACCCGCAAAUUUCUGUCUCCGCUCCUUCGCACCUCCUCCCUGCCUCGCUUCCGCCGCUGCCGAUCUCCCUGGGGAGUGGGGGCGCGGGGGGAGGGGAGUGCCUGCGGUAUCUCCCGCCGCAUUCGCAGCGCCAGCCGCAGUUCUGGCGACCAGGAGCGGCGCGGCCGGGCGAGUCGCUCGCGUCUCGGGCGUCGCUAGCGGUUGACGCGGACGGCGCGGAUGCUGACGUGUCGAUAGCCUCGCUGGCAAGGUGCGACAAGACUCUCAGCGUCGCUCUUUCCGUCUCGCUGUCGAUAACCUCCCCGUUACCAUCAAACCUCCCUGUUACCAUUACACCUCCCCGUUACCAUUACACCUCCCUGUUACCAUUACACCUCCCUGUUACCAUUACACCUCCCUGUUACCAUUACACCUCCCCGUUACCAUUACACCUCCCCGUUACCAUUACAUCUCCCCGUUACCAUUCCACCUCCCUGUUACCAUCAAACCUCCCUGUUACCAUUACUCCUCCCCGUUACCAUUACACCUCCCUGUUACCAUUACACCUCCCUGUUACCAUUACACCUCCCCGUUACCAUUACACCUCCCUGUUACCAUUACACCUCCCUGUUACCAUUACACCUCCCCGUUACCAUUACACCUCCCCGUUACCAUUACACCUCCUCGUUACCAUUACACCUCCCCGUUACCAUUCCACCUCCCUGUUACCAUCAAACCUCCCUGUUACCAUUACUCCUCCCCGUUACCAUUACACCUCCCCGUUACCAUUCCACCUCCCUGUUACCAUUACACCUCCCCGUUACCAUUACUCCUCCCCGUUACCAUUACACCUCCCUGUUACCAUUACACCUCCCCGUUACCAUUUCACCUCCCCGUUACCAUUACACCUCCCCGUUACCAUUACACCUCCCCGUUACCAUUACACCUCCCUGUUACCAUUACACCUCCCUGUUACCAUUACACCUCCCCGUUACCAUUACACCUCCCCGUUACCAUUACACCUCCCUGUUACCAUUACACCUCCCUGUUACCAUUACACCUCCCCGUUACCAUUACACCUCCCUGUUACCAUUACACCUCCCUGUUACCAUUACACCUCCCCGUUACCAUUACACCUCCCCGUUACCAUUACACCUCCCCGUUACCAUUACACCUCGCCGUUACCAUUACACCUCCCCAUUACCAUUACACCUCCCCAUUACCAUUACACCUCCCUGUUACCAUUACACCUCCCUGUUACCAUUACACCUCCCCGUUACCAUUACACUUCCCCGUUACCAUUACACCUCCCCGUUACCAUUACACCUCCCCGUUACCAUUCCACCUCCCUGUUACCAUCAAACCUCCCUGUUACCAUUACUCCUCCCCGUUACCAUUACACCUCCCCGUUACCAUUCCACCUUCCUGUUACCAUUACACCUCCCCGUUACCAUUACUCCUCCCCGUUACCAUUACACCUCCCUGUUACCAUUACACCUCCCCGUUACCAUUUCACCUCCCCGUUACCAUUACACCUCCCCGUUACCAUUACACCUCCCCGUUACCAUUACACCUCCCUGUUACCAUUACACCUCCCUGUUACCAUUACACCUCCCCGUUACCAUUACACCUCCCCGUUACCAUUACACCUCCCUGUUACCAUUACACCUCCCUGUUACCAUUACACCUCCCCGUUACCAUUACACCUCCCCGUUACCAUUACACCUCCCCAUUACCAUUACACCUCCCCAUUACCAUUACACCUCCCUGUUACCAUUACACCUCCCUGUUACCAUUACACCUCCCCGUUACCAUUACACUUCCCCGUUACCAUUACACCUCCCCGUUACCAUUACACCUCCCCGUUACCAUUACACCUCCCUGUUACCAUUACACCUCCCUGUUACCAUUACACCUCCCUGUUACCAUUACACCUCCCUGUUACCAUUACACCUCCCUGUUACCAUUACACCUCCCCGUUACCAUUACACCUCCCCGUUACCAUUACACCUCCCCGUUACCAUUACACCUCCCCGUUACCAUUACACCUCCCCGUUACCAUUACACCUCCCCAUUACCAUUACACCUCCCCAUUACCAUUACACCUCCCUGUUACCAUUACACCUCCCUGUUACCAUUACACCUCCCCGUUACCAUUACACUUCCCCGUUACCAUUACACCUCCCCGUUACCAUUACACCUCCCCGUUACCAUUACACCUCCCUGUUACCAUUACACCUCCCUGUUACCAUUACACCUCCCUGUUACCAUUACACCUCCCUGUUACCAUUACACCUCCCUGUUACCAUUACACCUCCCCGUUACCAUUACACCUCCCCGUUACCAUUACACCUCCCUGUUACCAUUACACCUCCCCGUUACCAUUACACCUCCCUGUUACCAUUACACCUCCCCGUUACCAUUACACCUCCCUGUUACCAUUACACCUCAUUACACCUCCCCGUUACCAUUAUACCUCCCCGUUACCAUUACACCUCCCUGUUACCAUUACACCUCCCUGUUACCAUUACACCUCCCUGUUACCAGCUGUUCCCUUUAUCAGUCCCUUUGGGCAGAGUGGGCUUGAGAGGCUACCAGUUUUGAAGCACAGAGCCUUCUGUGCCUUCUGUGGGCGUGAGUGGGUGGAUUCUAUGCCUUCUGGAGACCCACUCUGUCACUGUGGUGGUCUGGAUUCAUUAGCCUGCCUUUUCGUCCUCUCCUCCACUCCUCAUUAUCAGUCCCUUCGUGCAGAGCGGGCGGGAAAGGCUACCAGUGUUCAAGCAUAG